AUGGCCAUGCCACCUCCAUGCCCACCUCCCGUAUGUGCUCCACCACCUCCGCCACCACUACCUUGUCCACCUCCGCCAGUUUGUCCACCACAGUUUUGCCCUCCACCUCCACCAUGUCCACCUCCACCACCACCGCCACCACCUCCAAUCUGUCCUCCUCCAAUGCCAUCAUACCCUGCACCAUGCCAGAGUUAUGCACCAGCACCAGUCUUCCAACAGUACGUUGCUCCACCAGCCGUUGAUUGCUGCUGUCGAUGUGGAGUGCCAUGCCGUUAUAGAAAUAGACAUCGAACUCAUGGUUCCAAGAUUUUCGCGACGGAUUCACUUGAGGAAGAGAUGGAAGCCACAUGCAACAACAAAAAAUUGCGGACGAUCAUUGAAGAUAACAUGACAACAGACCCAACGAUCUCAAAACGUGCCAUUCAAAAGGCAGCAGAAGAGAAGCUGUUCGGCAAGUUCAAUGUGAUCUGUGCCAAAGGAGAUUUCACCUACAUCGCCUAUACGGACACAUUCUGCCAGGCAUCCAACGAAGAUGUCACUUGCUAUGCUUUCAAACCGAUGUAA